AUGGCAUCCUUCAACUUGUCAUAUCUGGACCCCAAGACAGUGACUCUGAUUGGCAUUCCUGGACUAGAGCAUGUACAAUUUUGGAUUGGCUUUUCCUUCUUGGCAGUGUGUGUGGUAGCUCUUCUGGGAAACAUAAUUUUACUGGUCGUCAUUCCUGCAGAACGCAGCCUCCAUCAGCCCAUGUACAUCUUCCUGGCAGUGCUGGCUGCCACUGAUGUUGGGCUCUGUUUAGCCAUUGCUCCCAAGAUGUUGGCUAUCUUCUGGUUUGCCUCUUUCUCCAUGGCCUUUAAUGCCUGUUUAGUUCAGCUCUUCUUCAUCCACACUUUACAGUGCAUGGAAUCUGGUAUCCUGCUGGCAAUGGCCUUUGACCGCUAUGUUGCUAUCUGUGACCCGUUAAGACACACAUCUAUCCUUACACCUUCUGUGCUGGUUUGGAUGAUGGUGGUGGUGGCCAUCAGGGCAACAGUGCUGGUUGGUCUCCUACCCAUUCUAAUCAAAAGACUUCAUCUUUUCCAUUCGACUGUAAUUGCUCAUUCUUACUGUGAGCACAUGGCUGUGGUCAAGCUGGCUGCAGAAGACAUUCGUGUCAAUAAAAUAUGUGGUCUCUUUGUUGGCUUUACGAUCCUGGGAUUUGACAUGGUUUUUAUCCUUGUUUCCUAUGUCCUUAUUUUCAAGGCUGUUUUUCUUCUACCUCAAAAAGAGGCACGGCUCAAAGCUUUUAACACCUGUGUGCCACAUAUGUUUGUCUUUCUUGAGUUUUAUAUUCUUGCUUUCUUCUCAUUCUUCAGCCACCGUUUUGGGCAUGUUGUUCCCUCUACCCACAUUCUUCUGUCUACCAUCUACCUACUCGUGCCGCCUGCACUCAACCCUAUUGUCUAUGGUAUAAAAAAUAAAGUAAUCUGCAAGCGGGUGGCACAGAUUUUUCUUCUGAAUAAUAAAUCUCAAUAA